GGGCGAGAGAGGCUGCAGAGCUGUUGAGAGUGACCUGAAACAAAACAAGGUGUCCGUCAUAUGGAGGGCAUCAUAACAUUGUGUUAGCAGACCGAUUGCUCCAAAGGGUUUUACAUCAGCAGACUCGUUGUCACCAUGGCAACAAAGCCAGUGGCCUGGCAGGAACAGAGUACAGUCAACUCGCGAGAUGGGCGGGUCAAGGAGUUCCGGGCGCAAGGUGAGGAGAGUGCAACCGUGAGCCACAACUCCCCUCUGCACGACAGAAAGGCUCCCAGGGCAGAACCUGAAGAGGACAUAGACGUCCUGAAGCCAGGAGCUCGGGACCAAACGCUCUCAAGAACCGAAACAUCCGAUGCAACCAAAUCGGAAAAUCAGGAAUCUGCAAGAAUUAGUCGGUGCAACCCCGGGAAGACACGAGAUGACAUGGUGACAGAAUUAGUUGCCCAGCAAUUUGAAGAAUCACAGGAUCAAGAGGAGAAGUCAGUUGUCUCACGUGAGGAUCCUUUCCCACCUCCUCCCCUCAGUGCUUCAUCAACAGAGGAAUGCUUCGAGAAAGAGAGCCUUUCCAGCCUUGAGGGGGAGGUGGCUGAGAUCAUGUCGGACCCAACAGAGGCCCUUACGUCUCCUGAUAGUCAAGAGUGGCCCCCUCUUCACUCUGAGCCAGUAAAUAUAGAGGUAGAUGCAUCACAGCUGAACUUCUUACAGGAUGGUUUUGACUACGGUGAACCUGAAGAUAAGAUGUCAGCGGCUGCAGCUGCUGGAUCAAAUUCAACAGCUCGUCAUUCUCCCUUUGACCGAAAAAACUCAGAUGAUGUGGACACUGUUUGCUCUCCUCCUUUUGCUGAUGAGAGCGAGGAAGAAGAGGAAGUGAGCGUGGAUGUUAUGUCUGGUCAGCCUCUCCACCCCUCACAUUCUGUCAAUAUCUCUGUUCCCACUGAACAAGACCCAACAGCAACCCUGCCUUUAUGUCUCUCAGCCAAACAGCAGGAGGAGCUGUUUCACCAGAGCCAAAGUGAGCUUUCCCCCAGGGGAGGAAACCAGGAAGCUGCACAACAGGUGCUAAGCCAGAGUUCUUCACCUUUGUCGACCGUUGCCACGGAGCCGUCCAAUCAGGGCGGGGCAGGCUCUGGUUGUGCUGUAGCUGUGAGAGAAAGACACAGCAGGGCGGGGAACAUGACAGAAGGAGGAAGCAAGCAAACAGGUGGAGGGGGAAGGCAGAAAGAGAGUGGACUUGAAAGGAACAAGGCUGUUGGGCAGCAACGCGGCGGAGGACUGUUAAAAUAUUCAAAAAGAGUCCAAACGCAAAAGGUUAAGACCGAAGAACACAGCUUUGUGUCCCGUAAACACGCAAGCAUGGAGAGUGACUCGUGUGAUGAUAGCCAGAGCGACAGUGGAGUUUCAGCGGACUUCUCCCCAUGCAGCACUUUGGAGGGAACCACCACCAUCUCUACGGUCUCUCCAGCAGCUGUGCCCAAAGAGACUCCCAUUGACAGGGAGAUCCGACGGGCUGUAGAGCGUGAACACAGCCUGAGGAGAUCCAGAGGGCUUCCGAAUCCACCCACUUUGCCAGAGUAUGUAGAGAUCCCUUUAAGGAAAACGGUUCUCUGCCAGUCUGCUAAGUCUGAGAGGAGUCAAGGCAAAGACAGGCAGUUUGCGGGCAAAAAGAUGGAGCACGAGAUCCACAAUGAGACCCAGAGGGAACAGGACCUGGUCAGACUUGGGAAAGUUCCAGGCUUCUAUGACAAAGGCACGGUACGCCAAGUCAAAGAGAGGAAACAGCUUUUUGAGGCCUUUCAGAAACCCAGUGACUCAACUUUGACUGUGUCAGCCCCGAGUAAGGCCACAUCCUGGUCCUCCGCCAGUGACAUUUCAACCCUGGAGAACCAGGAGGACAUCUCAACGCAGGCAUCCACCAUAGGAGGCUCAUAUGAGGAGGGGAUUCCCACACAGAGCCCGAGCUUAGUUAAAGGAGGGGGUGCCUCUGCUUGGACUCCCAGAGGACCAGGGUUCUCUGAGGGGACGGCCUGUCAGAUCAUCAUCCUAGAGAGCAAUCUGAGUGUUCCAGCGCAGAAGCUCUGCCACGCCAAACCAGAAGCAGAGCCCGUUACUGUAGUCGACUCUGGACGUCCUGACAUCUUAUCAUCCAGGACAGGAGGACAUAGUGGGAUUAAAAUGAGGGAGGACGAGGAUGAAGAGGCACACAAGGAGAACCCCUUUUUCAAGCUGCGCCCCUCAACAAAUGUUAUUAAAGUGGAGCAGGACAUCCGGGAGGCUCAAGAGAGGGAAAAGGACCUUCACAAGCAGAGGGCCAGUCUGUAUGGGGGCAGAGGAGAGCGGGUAGGAGGAGGGAGGCCGCUCACCACGCUGUCUCCUUCUUCGUCACUGAAUGGACUGGCUGUUCCUGACUUACCUGGCUCGUCAUCCAGAGGGGGAACGAGACCCACAGCAGCACGCCAUUCAGUUGGCAAGUUAGGCCAGUGGCCCCCGGCCCAAGCUGAAGAGGAGAGGAUUGACCGGCCAGAGGUCGCCCAGAGUCCCCGGACCCCGAGACAGAAGACCCCUCUGGUGCAUCGCUGGGAGUCAGGCCUGGUUAACGGACACAACUUGGAAGACGACUGAGGAGGCGUUGAGGGAGCAAACAACUGGAGUAGGGAGGAAGGUUAACCGAGACCUAUAGUUUAUUUUUAAAUAGAGGGCUGAAAGUGAGAUUUGCACAAAGGAGAACAGUGUAAGGAAAGUGGGAGCAUACUUGAGGAGGAAAGAGAAAAUUUGAAGCGAGAAAGAGGUCAGGGAUUGAGGCUACGAAGGGGGUCAGGAGGAUUGGGAGCGAGGAAAAGGAUUGGCAGUGAACUGAAAACCCUGAAGAGUCCUUUAUCGAGGAGGAGGAGGAGGAGGAGGAGGAGGAGGAGGAGGAGGGCCACCUAUUCGUGGAUAAACCCUGGGCUUGUUUCUGGUGCUGGAAAACUCUGAGACUAAUGAAUGUAAAAAGGCGAAGAAAUAAAUAAUAACUCUGCACUGGAGAGAAGAAAAAUGUAAAUUUAGGGAGAAUGGGAUUUUCAAACAUUAAUGAAGUUCUUUACCGUUUGGAUUUUUUGAAUAUUUUUGGUGUUAUUUGUUGAUGAAAAUAGCUUGAGUGCAACAUUUUCCAGCUCGAAAAACAAUGCGUCAUCACUGAUUUUAUGCCUUCAGCGAUGUCUUACACCGAGUUGCUUGUUUAUUACACCUGUACAACCCAAUGCAAAGUGAGCCAUGCAAUAAAUCCCACCUUUGUGUA